AUGUUAGGAGUGGCAGCAUUGGCGCUUUUGUUACCUCUCGUAGCGAGCUACGAUCUGGCGGUCGGCCUCAACUCCUAUGGCAGAAAAAUAUUCGAGGAGGACCGACGAGCCAACCCGGCUAUUUGGAGGCAAAAAGAAAAUAUCACCGUCGAAGCUCCCGAUAAUGAAGUGAUCGCUAAAGUGCUCGUCAUCGACAUGAGGCCAGAGAAAGAUGGAGACGCUCAAAUAGUGGACGGCGGCGAGAACCAGAAAAGUGUUACGAUUGAAUUGAAAAGUCCAACGGCGUUGAGAGGGUAUGAUUUCCACAUAGAAGUGUAUGCCGCUCCUGCAGGGCAAACAGAAACUGAAAGCACGGAUAUCCCCAGCGAGGAUACUGAUUUGCCGACAAAUGAGAGUCCAACAGUGAAAUGCGCUACAGAAGGAGCUAUUGAAACUGAGGAACCCACCCAGACUGAAUCCGCCGAUACAAUAAGGGAGGCAAGAAAUUUGGUAAUGGAAAAUAACCACGAAUCGAACGAUACCGAAAUUAAUACAGCUCAAAAAACGGACGCGAUAAAUGAGAAAGCUGCAACAGAAAGUGAUCUUACAACACAAUCAGAUGUUUCUACAACUAGCAUGCCAGAUGCACAGAGUACUCUUAGUAAUGUACCAGACUUUCCAUUGACUGGAAUGGAGGGAGACGAAACGAGGCACGUUCGUAAAAUAGGUGACGAUGUAUUCACAAGCACCGUUGAUACUUUAGACGCAUCUGACGUUGAUAGUACAGCAGCACCUAAUGCAUUCAUCGAUGACGAUAUUACUACUACUGAAUCUGAUAUUUCAACCACUCAACAAAGCGACGAAACCUUUACCGUGCCUCCUAAUACGUCAAAUGGAAAAGAUAUACCUGAUUUUGACGAUUUACUCAGCACAGAUGGAGAGGAGAGUAGAUUCGUUAGACACGUCAGCGGUGAAAUCGAUACGACGACCGCGACAGGCAGCGAUAUUUCAACAACUGAAAAUGUUGAAGCUACGACACUAGCGGAUACCUUUGGCAAUUCUGAAAAUGAGACAAGAAACUCACGUGAAGCGGCAUCCGAUCCCAUCAAUGAUGCAACAGAAACUACUGAAAUGCCACAGACAAACGAUGAAGGGAACCAAGUGCCACCAAUGCUUCAGAUUUUAGGAAACGGAGAAUACAACAACCCAACUACAGUAGGAACCGACGAAGAAGAAAACGUAACUGGAAGCAGUGGUGACUUUACCACUGAUGUUAACGACACAACGAUGCCUCCAGAUGCAGCUGCUACAACGCCUGUAACAAACGAUAGUUUUAUGGAAGAACAAAUAAGAAUGGGAAGAGGAAUAAUGGAAGAAAAUGAUACAUCUGCCGCAAACGACAGUGUACCUAAUUAUCCACUUUUCAUUGACCCUGGAGUUUUGAGCAAACCUAACGCGAGUGACGACUAUGUUUAUGUACCGAUUUUAGCAGUCAUCAGUAAACAAAGUUAUCCAGCAUUUAGGGACGCGUUAGACAACAUCUCUAUGAAUGUUGCCUUUCCCAGCAACAAUUUGGAUACAAAUACAGCUGUGGAACAACAAAUAGGUUUUGAAAUGCCAGACAGUUCAGAUAACUACAAUAAACCGAUUGUAUCUCUAACAUAAAUA